GAACAAACACCCCCUGCAACUGAGGACUUUAAUCAGAGAACUAUUUGACCACUGAGCUGAUAGACGUUCAUACAGCCAAUACUGGAAGCUUUUACAGAAAUUCUAGGACAAACCAUAGAUGAAAAAGGAACAGUUUUUGUAAUGCAAUGCACCAUGGUGUGAAACUUGACUUUUAUCUCUACCAAGUAUUUAGAAGGAAAUAAUUAGGCCGGGAAGAGAAGAAGAAGAAGAAGAAGAAGAAGAAGAAGAAGAAGAAGAAGAAGAAGAAGAAGAAGAAGAAGAAGAAGAAGAAGAAAUUAAUUGCUACCAAAAUGUUGAUACUGACUUAAACAACUGAUUUGAGCAAACGAUCCAAGGGCUUUCUACUGAAGUUCAGAGGCAGGAGUGAAAUCGAAAGGUUUCGUGGACAUCUACUAGACUGUGACAUACCAGCACUGGAGAAUUGACACUUACAACAUGAGCAAUCCGACAAAAUCAAAGUGUGGUGAUGCACAGAUGAACUCUUCUAUCGGUGGUAAACAGGACACAAGUGUGACAUAUCCAAGUGAGAACCUGGGCAGUAGGGCUGGUCUCCAUGGAAACUCCAAAAUCACCAAAGAACUCAGUCCAGAAGAGCAGCAGGAACUAAGGAGAAAGAUUAACAACCGCGAGAGGAAGAGGAUGCAGGACCUGAAUGUUGCUAUGGAUGCUCUUAGAGAGGUGAUGGUGCCUUACUCUUCUGCCCACCAGCAUGGUUCUCCUGGCAGGAAGCUCUCCAAGAUCUCCACCCUUGUCCUGGCCAGGAACUACAUCCUCCUGCUUAGCUCCUCACUGCAGGAGAUGAAGAGGCUGAUUGGAGAGAUGAGCGGACCUGCGCCCAGGCUUCUGCUGGCCGGAUGGCCACUGUUCACAACGCAGGGAUCCCUGCUUCUGACCUCUGAAACCAUUAUGGCUAGCAAGUGCCCACUUCUGUCCUCAGAGGACCACCAGUAUUCCCAGCUACAGUGGUCUAAUGGUGGCACCGUCUGUCCCUGUGCCAUGUGCAGGCUGCCUCGCUUUAUCCAAUCUCUCCCCAAUCCCAGGUUUCCAAAAUGAUCUCUUCUGUUAGCUUUUGACAGUUUUCUUGACAUUUUCAGCUUUUUGACAUUUGUGAAGAAACAAUGCACUGCUGACUGUCUGUUCUGUUUUUUUUUUUUUGGUUGGGGGGAGGGGCGGAGCAUACUCUAAAAUUGUUACAACACAACAUUCAUUGUUUUACUUUCUGAGAAUUGUUUUAUUUUUAUACUAAAAAGGGUAUUUAGGGAUCUUUUUGUUUCACCGUGCAUGCAGGGUAUUUGGAGACUAAUCCGUGGCAGCUUUUAGAAACAUCUUGCUGUGAGAAGAGAUUUUACCAUGGUCGUAAUAGUGCUCCAAGCAAUUGGUUGAGACUUGUACAUACAUCUCUUCUUCGAGUGAAAGUGGAAAUAUAUGUCUAACUAUAUUAAUCAAUAAGUAAAAAAUAAUAUAAAAACACUUACAUAGAGGACAUACCUACAUAACACUGUACAAUGAUUAACAUUCGAUAUGUCUUUACCGAGAAGAUGUGAGAUUUAUAAUAAAAUGAAUUUCAAUUAUAAAUCAGCAAAGAGACUAACGUUUUAAUGAGCAGCUGUUGCAAUUCAUUUUCCUGUUUAAAAAAUGACUAGUCCAGUACUGUAUAAUCAUAACAUUUUACACCUAUUGUAAACUUAUCGACUAUCAUAUCAUAACACUAAUAUGGUAUUGGUGUGAGAAUUUUAGUGGGCAAACUGCUUGAGUUCUAAACUUUCUGUUAAAUUGGUUUAUAAUGGAAAACUUCUGCCUGUUGGUUAGGGAAAGUGACUGGCAGUUGGAACAAUUUAAAUUUAGACUAUUCAAAUAUGUCUCAAUGUGAACAUUUUUAUAUAUUACUGUAAUUAAUUCCUUAUAUCAGAAACACAAGUCUGGACUAGCUAUCCUGGUAUAAAAUUGGUUCAAGGAUGUUUAUAAGUACAGUAUGUAAGGAGGCAAAAGAAUGGAAUGAGAGGCAAUAUUUUUUUAUAUGAGUGACAUUAGCAUAACAAACACAUUUAAAUGAAUAUGACCCCUUCUGGGAUAUAAGGAGAAUACACUUACAUUUUUAAAAAUGUAUUAUUAUUACAAACCUUUUCAUUAAAAAAGUAAUUCCCUUCUAUUCUGCAUUCAUUGAAACAUACAUUUUCCACCUAUGAUGUUCACCCAAUAGAAUCUUUAAUAAUCUUUAAUAAAUCAUCCACUUUAAAAUAAAGGCAUGCAAUCACAAAACAACAACAACAACAACAAAAAGAUCUGCAAAGCUGGCAAAACUACAAUGUCCCAGUGUCAGUUUACCUGGGGACUCUUUCUAUUUGGGAAGCUUAGCUGGUACAUCCUCAGCUUGUGCCAGCUGGGAAGGCAGGCGGUGAAGGUGGACAAAGUGCUGACUGUGAAGAACCUUGCAGCCUACUGGAGUGUCAUCCUGCUGGAGAAUGAUCACUGACUGUUGACACAGCAGCAGGUGACUGUGAAAGAGAUCCUUCCUGCAGAGCUCAGGGAAAUACAUGUAAGCAACUGCAUGCAGUGACUGAUAUUUGCUGCAACUCCAGUGCUUGAAUCCACCCACAAAACUACCUCAUGUUUUGUGAGCGUGUGACAAGGUGAGGUGUCCCUUAUUGCAUUAUUGAAUAUUGUUGUUGGGUUUUUUUUUUGCAGUUUGGCAGGGAUAGGGUUCCCUGUUUCUGUAUGAAAAGUGGUCCCUGGCUCCCUGUUUUCCAGCUAUGUGAGCAUCCGUGUGACAGAUUGGGCAAGUAAACUCAGAAUGUUUUUUUGGUUAGUA